CCAUAAAUAAAGGCAUUACAAAUUGACAACUAUCUUUUGGAAGUCAAAUAAAGGAAAUCAAAAGUCAAAAUUGAGACCAUAGUAUGGGUGCCCUGUUGCCAUUGAUGCACGAAAGUGAAGAAGCUGCAAAAACAAGCUUUUGAUUCUUAGACCACUCUUCAAGGCAUCCAACCUUCACAAUAUCGAUCAUAAUCAAGUUCUUUUCAUCUUCAUUGACCAAUGGGAUUAACACUCGUAUGAUUCUCAAAUUACCUUGAUUUAUAACAAACAUAUUUCUGGAGUUUAAUCCACCACUUGAUCACAAAUAAGUAAAACCAAAAUGGAAGCAAAUGAAAGAGUGAAAGAUACAGAAGAAGAAAAAGAAGAACAAGUAUGGAGUUGGGGAGCAGGUACAGAGGGACAACUAGGAACAGGCAAGCUUCAAGAUGAACACCUUCCUCAACUUCUCCCUAUCCUUCCUUCUUUAUCUCUCCUUUCUUGUGGUGGGGCCCAUGUCAUUGCCCUUACACCAGAUAAAAAAGUGUUGACUUGGGGAAGGGGUACAUCUGGACAACUUGGCCAUGGAAAUCUUGUCAAUAGCUUAGAACCAAAAAUUAUUGAUGCUUUAAAUGAAUUCAAUAUAACUCAUGUCUCAGCUGGAUGGAAUCACUCAGGUUUUGUUUCAGAAUGUGGACAACUUUUUACUUGUGGAGAUGGGCAAUUUGGUCAACUUGGACAUGGUGAUUACAAGUCACAAAGUUAUCCAGUCAAAGUCUCAUUCUUUUCAUCCAAACAUGUUGACCAAAUUGCAUGUGGGAUGCGUCAUUCAUUAGUCUUGUUGAAAGAUUAUGGAGACCAAAUAUAUGGUUUUGGAUAUGGAAAACGUGGUCAACUAGGAAUAUCUAACAAAGUCAAAUCAAUAAAUCUUCCACAAAGUGUUACAGGAUUGAAGGAAAUCAAUAUUAAUAGUAUCAUUGCAAAUGGAGAUCAUAGUGCAGCAUUAUCUGAAAAUGGUGAUUUGUACACUUGGGGAAGAGGAUUUGGAAGUAAAGCAGAUGUGUCUAGUCCCAAUUUAGUAAUUUCACCAUUCUCAUUCACACAGGCUGCCCUUGGUUGGAAUCAUGCCUUAAUAUUAACAGAUGAAGGGGAAAUUGUUAUGCUAGGUGGCAGGCAUCAUGGGGUUCUUAACAGCCUUCAAAAGGACAAUUCGGUCAAACAGGAUUCAAACGAAGCCCAUGUGGAAAAAAUUCAUGGACUUGAUGGGAUAAAAGUUGUUGGAAUUGCAUCGGGAUCAGAGCAUUCUGUCCUUACAACAGAAAAUGGAGUGGUGAUGACAUGGGGAUGGGGUGAACAUGGUCAACUUGGAUUAGGGAAGACAUGUGAUGAGAUAAGUCCACAAGUUGUAACAUUUGGUCAACAUCAAGAUAUGACAUCAAAGGUGUAUUGUGGGAGUGGUUUUACAUUUGUUGUUAGGACUUUGAAUCAUGGAAUGGAAUUGUAAAGGAUUGGAAUUGAGAAAGUAAUGGAAUGACGGAAUGAGAUUGGAAUUGGAAUGGGU